UCAAUUGAUUGAAUAUCAACAACAACAAUCAAGUUAAUAAUCAAUUUCAUUAAAAGUGUUAAAAUCAAUGUAAUCAUCUCAUCAAGAAAACUUAAUUAGUGUUCAUGUUAAAUUCAACAAUUAACUGGAAAGAUUUUGCAAAUUAUCUGGUGAUAACUUUGAUUCCUUAACACUUACAAUUAACUAUUUUAAUCAGUGUUUACAUUUAACUCUCAUCAUAAUUGAACACAACAAUUUAGUUGCAAUAAUAAACAACAAGAUUGUUUAACAUUCUCGCAAUAGGAAACUAAUUUUAAUGAUUAAUUGAUUUUCACAAUUUGCUUAAUUGCCAAAAAUAAACCAACACCCAAAAAAGAAAAGUUAAUUUCUCAGAAUCUAUUUUAAUUGUGAACCAACAAAUCAUCAUCAAAAUUAUCAUCAGAAUCUUUUUUUUUUAAUCAUUUAAACAAGGAAAUUAACAAAUCUAACUAAGAUUUAACCGGAUAUCCUUUUAAUCAUAAUCAUUACUUAAUCAUCAUCAAAUAUUAGAUAAAGAAAAACAAUUUCUCUCAUUUUGUAAACAUUGAUUAACUUGAUUACUUCAACCAAUAUUAAUCAACAAUCAACAACCUUUUCAAUUAUAUUAACCAUUUUCCCUUUUAAUAUUUUACCACCUUAAUUGUUGCAGUGUUUUUGCCUUUGAAAGGCUUAAUUGUUUGAUUACAAUGUUGAAUUACUUUGUGGUUCUAAUUAUUUUAUUCAAUUGUGGUUCCAUUGUUGAUAAUUUAAAUUCGGACGAAGAUUGGUCAUUAAUAAUUAAUCAAAUGAUUGAUUUUCAACACAGUUGGAAAUUUGCAAGAAAUGAAUCUCGACGAUACAAGAAAUUUAAUUUCUGUCGGAAAACUUUUGAUAAUCAACGUGAUCUUUGUACUAAAUUACCUGGAUUUACUGGUGAAUCAAGUGAAUUUCAAUUUCUACUUCCAAAUUGUUAUUGUGACAAUGAUUGUCAUCGUUUCGAUGAUUGUUGCAUCGAUAAAGUGGCCGGUGAAAUGUCCUCAUCAACUGACCAUUCAUCUCGAAGAACCGAUAAGCAACCUUGGUCUUGUGUAGAUCUACCGAUCUCAAUACAUGGUCUUUAUGCUUACAAAAAGUGUCAACCCGCUUUCCAAUCAACGGUAAUUGAAGACCUUUGCCUUUCUGAGCCUCGAUCGUUUCUCCAAUGGUUACCCGCUUUUAGUUUGACCUCAAAAAUUUUCUAUCGAAAUUUAUUCUGUGCUGUAUGUAAUUCCGACCAUCGAGAGCUUUUCGAUUGGAAUCUAACCGUUUCUUGUGAUCAUAAUACUUCACAUAUCGAUAUAAAUCCUUACAUUAGGGAAGACAAUUUUAACUAUUCAACGGGAUUAUGGGAAUUUACUGUCCCAAACGAAGUUGAGGUCAAAUAUAAAAGCCAAGAAUCUCAAUUCGGUGCUGGUGGUGUUUUCACUAUCAAGAGUUCAGACGGAAAAUGGCGAUGUAAACCUUCACUUCCUCAGUUAGAACAUUAUGAUUCGAGGGUUACCUUUGGUACUCGUGCCUGUCAACCGGUCGUCGAUUCAUGUCCUCCCGAUUUCGUCGAUAAUUAUUUAAAAACUUUAUGUUCGACUUAUACUUUUCUGGUCGGACUUCCACAAAAGAAAACAAUCUAUCGAAAUAUAUUCUGUGCUCGAUGUAAUCUUCCAAACGAUUCGGACUUAAGACGAUUAGAUUGUGAUCUGAACAAUAUGUCACCUCAUGCAAACGCACCAUCGGCGUUCACUUAUAUUUCACUUCGUCAAUUGUUUGAUGUCAACUCGUAUUCAUCGUGUUCACUGUCACACAGUCAAAUAUACAAUCCAAGUACUAAACAUUGUAUGGUAGUUCAAUGUGACACUAAUUAUUUCAUCAAUCCCGAAACUGGUCGAUGUGAGUCAACAACUUAUACCUCCCAGGGUUCCGUUACUUUGAGGUCAGAUUGUUUGAGAAUUUUUUUCAAUGCAUCGGACUACAUUGUCCAAUUCAAUGGAUCAAUUUUACUCAAAGAAAAUUCCGUUCUUCUUGAUCGUAACUCAUAUCAAGUGUUCAAUAAAAUCGAUUCAUCUACUGGCACUAAGAUCAACGGAAUAUUGACCUGUUACGAUGAAAAGCGACUUUAUUAUUCAGCACCGAUGUACUCUAAUUAUAUACAAGGAAUUUUAUCAAUUGUCACUUCAAUCUUAUCAAUACUUGGACUUUGUGGUUACCUUUUUGUGACCAGUUUAGUACCAAAGCUACGGAACCUUCGUGCUCGAAUGGUAAUGAGCUUAUCGGCAGCCCUUUUAGCCGCUAAUGUCGCGUUAAUCUUUGGGUAUUUAGCUCGACCUGCUUCCCCUCACCAUGAUGGAAGUACUUUUACCAAUACUCGUGGGUCACUUUUCUGCAUAGUGACCGGUAUUAAUAUUCACUAUUGGUACUUGGCCUCGUUUUCUUGGAUGAACGUAAUGGCCUACGAUGCAUGGAAAUCAUUCAAACGAACCCACGAACGAUUGUCUAAUUCAAUGGUUCACUUUCUUAAAUACUCACUCUACUCGUGGUUAGUUCCAGCGGUGAUUGUCCUCAUCUCGGUGGCAGUUGAUCUCUCCAAUCUACCGAAUGAAUAUCGUCCAAUGUAUGGACAACGAAUCUGUUGGAUAAGCACUCGACAGUCGCUUCUGACCUUUUUCGUGGCUCCCGUUUCCUUGAUUAUCAUUGUCAAUUUAAUCUUUUUCUCCUUGACAACUUAUUUUCUUCAUCGAGCAAAACGAUCAACUCGAAUCGUAAUCAAUUCGAAAUCGAGUCAAGAAAAUUCUCAAAGUUAUUCACUUUAUGUUCGAUUGGCGACAUUAAUGGGACUAACUUGGAUCUUUUGGUUUUUCGCCGCAUUUUCGGGCUUCAAUAGUCUCUGGUAUCUAUUCAUCCUCUUGAAUGGACUACAGGGUGUUUUCAUCUUCUUCUACUUUAUCUGUAAGAAGGAAGUUUUUAAAGCGUUUCGCGAACAGAUCGGUUUCUACCUCCAUGGACAUGAAGUUGUCUCUCGAAACUCAACAAGUCGGACAACCGGAAGUAGUUCACUUUUAGCACAAACAUCAGCAGCCACAUUAUUAUAAUCAAAGUUUGAAUCUCAUAAGAACAAUGAUUUCUUUUAAUCUUAAUGAACCUCAAAUGAAAAGUCUUAAUUAUUAACUAACCAUAAAUUGUGUAAAUAAUAAGAAAAAUGUUUUCAACCAAUUAAAUAGAAUUAAUUUUA